ACGACCCCCCCUAUCCCCACCACCUCAAAGGCUCUAUCGGCCUGUCCCCUCCUCUCCCCACCACCUGGAUGUCUUGAUGUAUUGCUGUGGGCUGGGACACUGGCGGAGAGUGCAGUCCACCUAUGGAGAGCGUCAGGACUCAGACGCUGUUGAAGAAAGAAACGCCCAGGUGCAGCUGGAGAAGGCCAAGUACAAGCCCGUGGCAUUCGCAGUACGUUGCAACUUCUCUUACACGCCAGCAGACGACGACAACGUUCCUGUGCCGGGCCAGGCCGUCACCUUUGAGGCCAGAGACUUCCUACAUGUCAAAGAGAAAUUUAACAAUGACUGGUGGAUCGGGCGACCGGUGAAGGAGGAUGGUGUGGUGGGCUUCAUCCCCAGUCCAGUCAACCUGGAAACCAUUCUCAUCAGAAGAGAAGUCCAGGCGAGGAAAGCUGCCAAGGCCUUAGCCAACAAAGCAGCGUCUCAAGCAGCUCAAGAUAUGAACUCAAAGAAAUACACUCCUCCAUCACAAGCCAAUCAGCAGGUGAAAAAGAAACCGGGGGAGCAGGUGGCGAUGUAUGAUGUAGUGCCUACAAUGCGCCCUGUGGUUCUAAUGGGACCAUCACUGAAGGGCUUAGAGGUUACAGAUAUGAUGCAAAAAGCUCUGUUUGACUUCUUAAAACAUCGAUUUGAAGGCAGAAUAACUAUUACCCGGGUCACAGCAGACAUCUCUCUGGCUAAACGGUCCAUCCUCAACAACCCAGGCAAAAAGGCCUUAAUAGACCGGUCCAACACCCGUUCCAACUUAGAUGCUGCCGCUCAGAUCCAGGGUGAGGUGGAGCGCAUCUUUGAGCUAGCCCGCAGCUUACAACUGGUGGUUUUAGAUGCAGACACAAUAAACCACCCUCUCCAGGUAUCCAAGACCUCACUGGCCCCCAUCCUGGUCUACGUCAAAAUCUCCUCACCAAAGGUACUGACGAGACUGAUCAAAACCAGAGGGAAGUCACAGACCAAGCAUCUCAACGUUCAGCUCGUGGCUGCAGACAAGCUCGCCCAAUGCCCACCGGAAAUGUUUGACGUCAUCUUAGAUGAGAACCAGCUGACGGACGCCUGUGAGCACAUCGCUGAUUAUCUUGAGUCUUACUGGAGAGCCACUCACCCACCAGAGAUGGAGUCCUCUAACGCUCUGGUGGCUGGGCUGGUUGAGAACACACUGCCCACCAACCCAACAGGAAUACAGGAAGGGCAGAAAAACAAGAAGUCAGCAGCACCCAAGAGGAAGGGUUCCAGGGAGAACCAUCUAGAUGAGGAGCCCCCUUCAGCCCCAGCACAGGAGCAGACGACGGAGGAGGGCCAUAGAGAGGAGGAGGAGCGACUUCUGAGGACUGAACCAAAGAGACCCCAGCACACCCAUCACCACCACCAUCACCACCACCACCACAACCGCCGAAUGGAGCACCACGGCCACAGCCAGAGCAACCAAACAUCUGGAGGAGCGGAGGUACAGACUAGCAGGGAGUACAGCCAGAAAAUUCACCGCAGGCACAUACAGGAGGAACAGGAGGAGGAGGAGGUGGUGGAGGAUGUGGUGGAGGAGGACGAGGAGGAGACUCGCUAUAACCACCGGGGCCAUAACCACCAGCAUCACAACAGCAACCACCACCAUCACCACCACCACCACCAUCACCAACAUCAACACCGCGGCAGCAGCCAGCCGCAAGUCGGGGAGGACUACGAGCAGGAGCACAACGAACGCAACCGGCAGCACAGACAUCACCAGCACGUUUCAACACGGACUCAACACACGGAUCACUACCCCGCACACAAUCAUCACAGCUACCACCACUAUCACGGCAGAGACCGGGACAGAGACAGAGAGAGAGACAGAGACCGGGACAGAGAGAGAGACAGAGAUAGAGACAGAGAAAGACACAAGGACAGAGAAAGAGAGAGGGAUCAUGGUAGAGAACGAGACAGAGAUGUACGACAAUGGCACAGGGAUUCCUACAUACACUAGUGACUGAUGUUCUUUCCCUGUGUUGGUGCAUGUUUUUUAUGCUGCUCAAGUUGUUAUGCACUAAUGCACGGGGCAGAGUGUCUCAUAUUUUCAUUUUACCUUUUUACCUCAUUGCUGUUUUAUUUUCCAUUAUUAUUUCUCUCUUGUUUUAGUGUUUCACCUACAGGCUCAUUUAUGCUCUCUGUCUGAAAUGGAUACAGACGAAGCCUUCUGUUCCAUGCAUCCUCUGGGUUUAUUUUGUCUAUAGUUUAGCAACUUUUCUGGAGGUUUUGGAUUUGGACCAAAUGUCACCAUAACAGCUGAAAUUGCAGGGCACAGUGCUGAGUAGUAUAGCCUAGCCAGACCAGCAAAACAAUGAAAAAGAAUAGUUUGGAAAAUGGCGAUAACUUUUUACGGAAAGAUUUGGAGUUGGCUAGCUUGCAUUGUAAGCAAACAGUCCCAUGUGAGACCAUGCCCUCCAAUGGAUGAAUUCUUUGAUGUCCUCUCCAACAUUACAGAUGUAUGUGAGUAUAUGGGCAGUGACCCUGAAACAUGUGGAUCUACUUUCAUAUGCAAAUAGAGCAUAAAUGAGCCUUUACAAAAAAAUGGCUCCUACUUUUUUUUUCUGUUAAGGCUAUACGAUUUAGUUUCCAAGGGAUUUUAAACUGCAGAGAAUCAUCAUUAUUGCAAUGGUGUGACUCCCCCAAGUCAUACUGCACCCCCCUUAAGUGGGAUUGAGAUACGUGAAAAUUGACUAACAUGCAUCAUUUCCAUACAAACGAAAAAGUCUCCCUUUGUCAUUGUUAAAAAUAUACAGAAAGGGAGUUAUUUACAGUUAAUGGCCAAAUUUUGGCAGGUUUCUGCCAAUUUACAAGUUUUAUGUUGAAACAUUUUUUUUUCUCAUUCUGUUCUGGGCUAAACUUUUUUUGAUAUUGCACUAUAUUACAUUUACUUCCGUCUGGAACUUUUGUUUGAAAUUGAAUCAAAAUAAUUACCCUUAAAAAUGAUUAUAAUAUAGGAAUGUAACAAUAUCAACAUGCCAUGGUAUGAUAAUACCUUGUUAACAAAUCCACAGUACAAUAUUUAUUUAUAUAAAAAAUAAAAGAAAUGAAAAGUAUUUUUGAGAUGUAUAUCUCUGAAGAAGAGGGUAUUUUCCAAUAAAGCAGGGUUAUGAUUUACAUCUGUAUUCUCAGCUGGUGGGUCAACACCCCAAAGUGGGUCAUUGAGCCUUUUUGAGCGGGUUGCAGAAGUGUUCCUGGGAAUAAAAAGUUUUGGCAAAAAGUUUAUGUUUUACACUUGUUUUGUGGAAAUUAUAGUGAGGGUUGCUAAUACUAGGUUCUAUCUAUUUAUUUAAUUUUAUUUAACCAGGAAAACCUCAUUGAGAUCAAAAAAUCUCAUUUACAAGAGUGUCCUGGCCAAGAAAGACAGCAGCACAAAAUUAUCAAUUAAAGACAAAACAUGUAGAAGUGCAACAUUUUUAUGCUGCCAGUUUUGCCUAGUGUGACAUGAUUAUGUCACAGAAUACACAUAACUUGGGUUUUAUUUUUCUUUACUUUAGGACAAAUUGGACAGAAACCUCAGAGUGAAGUGUGAAGCCAUCAAAAAGAAAUGCUGAUGUUUUUCUCUGUUCCAGGUUCAAAUUGCAUCAAUCCUAAUUAUAUGAAUUUGAGAGGCUAGACCAGCUAAAAACUGCUGAUUGAUGUUAAGUUAACUGACUGACUGACAGAAAAGUAAUAUUGGUUUAGCCUUAACUUGAUUUUUUUUUUUUUAGCCAAGGUGGAAAACAUCAUCUUGUUUCAGCCUUUCUCAUUUAAAGGCAUAUUUUCUUAUUUCUACAUUAUUUUAAUGAACAUGGAAAAUAUUUAAGUCCUGGACUGUGAAACAGACACAAUAAAUCAGCUGAAGAUCUCACUCUGGCUUUUAAAAAUACUAGGAUGAGCAUGAUUUGCCCCUAUAUUUGACAGCUUUUACUAAAAUGCACAUAACAAUUUCCCAAAACAAAUCACAAUCAGGAAAAUUUAUUUGUUAACAUCUUGUAAUGAGACCAAAUGGAUUCUUUGCAACGUCUGCUGUUCUUGGCUUCUGUACAGCAAAUACAUGUUAUAAUUUCAAUGUAAAGAUGAGAAAAAGGGAUGUCUUGUUAAGUUUAAUGGUCAGAAUAAUUUAUAAAACCACAGACUUUUGUUUCAGUGUCACAUCCAACUCUGCCCCCAUGGGUGUAUCUUGA